GAGAAUCCUGUGCCACAAGUUUCAGAUGAGUAGCGGGACCAAACUUUUCCCCAGAAGACUAUAAAUUUGAAGGUAGAGACUGUAAGGUUUUGGAACAAGGAGGGCGACCAUCUCCUGGAGGCGAAGAGGAAGAAGAUUGGAUUCUUUUGAUGUUUUUAUUUAGGAAGAAGAAGCCUGAAAGGCAACCUGGCCCUUGUGGUCAGGCACAGAAUGAGGCGAAACCUCUCUCUCUCGUUUACCUUCUUAUCAAGAUGAUAUUAAGAGGUGCAAAUAGAAGACGAUUGGGAAGCAGCGGUGGCGUUUCCUCCUCCACCUCCUCCGUCGUCGACGUUGAUUCCUCUAGUUCAUCAAACGGAACCCUAAUGGAAUCCACCCAGAAACCGUUAGGGCUUCACGGUGUCAACAUCCACUCAUCCUCCCCUGCUUUCAAUGAUCCAUGCACUGCGGACGUCGUCCUCCGUCUGUACCUGGAACCAUCUAACGAUGACUACCCUGAACCCAGUUCUAUUGAUGCUAUCGAUCAGGGCAAUGUUCUACUUUACCUCCACUCCAAUGUUCUUCAGAGAUCCAAAUACUUUGCAGCUCUUCUAUCCGAUAGAUGGCAGAGAAAUACUAUUUCUGUGGAGGAUUCGAAGAAUUCAAGUAGUGUUUACCAUCUCAAUUUAGAGGUCUCGUCAACGAUUGGAUUUUUGGAUACACAUGUGACUACCCUUCAGCUCCUUUACACCAUUGAUUUCUCCUCCGUGUUUGACAACGCAUCUACUGUGCUUUCCAUCCUUCCUGUCGCUCUCGAGCUUCUCUUUGAAGAUUGUGUGAAGGCUUGUAUUCAUUUCCUUGAGGCUGUCCCGUGGAGUGAAGAGGAAGAAAAGAGGGUUUUGGGUUUCAUUCCCCUUCUUAGACGAGAGGAAUCUCAGGGACUUCUUGCUAGGUUUUUGCUUAGGGUUUUGCUUGUCAACAACGUUUUGUCUGAGGAUAUGUUUCACGGUUUGAUUGUUUCUGUCGUUCCUAAUCACUCCAAUGCGACCUUCGAGAAGGGUUUCGUGGCGGAGCUUUUGAGGGGUUUUCCGUCCAGGGAUUCUGUUAAGCGUGUUUUGGAUCAGGCAUUCGAUCAAAGCUUGAAGAUUAUGAAGGAGUCAAUGGUGGAGUAUUCAAGUUCUAAUUUUAGUGGCGCUCACAAUGACCCGGAGGCAAUUCAGCGAGUAAUUCUCCAUACUGCAGAGCAUCUUUUGUGGCUGAUCGAGAGGAUGAUUGAGUUGAGAGUGGCUGGUACUGCUGUGAAUCAGUGGAGUGAACAGGACUUUUUUUUGCAUAAGGCAUUCCGUGAUGAUAAUGCGUGCAAGGAUAUUUCGUCGGUCAUUCUCCGGUGCACUUGCAAACUUGUGAAUGCAAUUACUGCUGGUUUGAUUUAGUCUGCUGGGUUAGGAUGAAGCUUGUGAAGGAUCGAUUACCAGUGCUGAUUGGUUGCAAAGAUGAAGGCUUCCCUUCGUUGUCAAGUCACAGAUCACUGUACCAGGAUUUAGAAGAGGCAUUAUUGAGAAUCGUCUCCACACAGCCAAUGUUAGAUGCACUGGAGUUGCUGCUGCAAUGUCUCAGUUUUUCCACCCGAAAUGUUGUGCUGGCCUCACUUGGUCGCAGCCUUGACUACCUAGUUCUGUAGGGCAACUUGACCACCGCAAGGUGACAUCCUUGAUUGAAAGCGAUGAGAUGUCCAUGUUGCUUGCAAGGCCAUUUACCUUCUUACUGUCUUGCUGCUUGCAAGUUACAACUCAACAACAAUAUGAUCCAGGACAUAAUGAAAUUGGAAAUAUUGUGUAUUAUUUAGCAUUGUUAGGAGAAAACUACCUUGUAAGAAAUCGUACAUAGACUUGUUUGUUUUCAUAUGACAUAAUACAGUUUUAGUUGAAGGUCUAUUGUCA